GGCGGGAGGAUGAAGUUGUGCUAUGGUCCCUCCGGCAACGAGGAGGAGCCCGCUGAAGGCGAGGGUCAUGGACGUCAUCACCUCUGCGGCCAUCCUGCCCCUGCUGCUCGGCUGUCUGGGCGUCUUCGGCCUCUUCCGGCUGCUGCAGUGGAUGCGCAUGAAGGCCUACCUGCGCAACGCUGUGGUGGUGAUCACAGGCGCCACCUCGGGCCUGGGGAAAGAAUGUGCGAAAGUCUUCUAUGCGGCCGGUGCCAAGCUGGUACUCUGUGGCCGAAACACGGAGGCCCUGGAAGAGCUCACGCAAGAACUCUCUGCUCUUCGAGCCACUACGGCGCAGACGCACAAGCCUCGCACGGUGACUUUUGACCUCACGGACCCAGGGGCCAUCAUCGCAGCAGCAGCCGAGAUCCUGCAGUGCUUUGGCUGCGUGGACAUACUUGUCAACAACGCCGGCAUCAGCUACCGUGGCGCCAUCAUGGAGACCCCCGUGGACGUGGACAAGAGGGUAAUGGAGACAAACUACUUUGGCCCAGUUGCCCUGACAAAAGCACUCCUGCCCUCCAUGAUCAAGAGGAGGCAAGGCCACAUCAUCGCCAUCAGCAGCAUCCAGGGCAAAAUCAGCAUUCCUUUCCGAUCGGCGUACGCGGCCUCCAAGCACGCUACCCAAGCAUUCUUUGACUGUCUGCGGGCCGAGAUGGAGCAGUAUGAAAUCGAGGUGACCGUAAUCAGCCCUGGCUACAUCCACACCAACCUCUCUCUCAACGCUAUCACUGCUGACGGGUCCAGGUAUGGAGUGACCUGUAGCCUCCAUGUGAGGGCUGAGUGGCUCGGCCCCAGCAAGCAGAGACCAGGUGGCCGUUGGAUGCUGAAGCUGUUGGAGCUGGGCCUGUCUCCCUGGAUGUGGACUCGGGGAGGUCUGUGCUGCAGUGUCUGCCAAGGCCUCUGGUCCUCCACCCACCCCAGCCUGGCUUGCACAGAGACGGCCCACGUCCCGGGGAGGCAGUUACACCCUCACACAGCAGACACUACAGGGGCGUGUGGCCAGGCAUUUUUGCACCGGUCAGUACAUAGAAGAUUCUGUGAAGGAAACCCUCUGCAGCAGAUAAAAAUAAGUCGCAAUCAGAAGUUUCCAGUUCUUCUGUUAACCACAACACAAUGAGCCCGGGUGCUGGGGGCGGGGGCGGGGAGAGCUCAGGCGUCUGGGCAACUUAGGAACAGUUCUGGGGCCAGUCAGUGGCAUGGUGGCUGAAGCACUAUAUUCCCACAUGGCCAACUGCAG